CUCGCGGAGCUCCUCUCUUCUCUGAAGCCGGUUCAAGGUUUCUCUCUCUUCCGGUUGUCGUCUGUUCGUGUGAUUAACAAACGUCAAAAUGGCCAAGUCUAAGAACCACACAACUCACAACCAGUCUCGUAAAUGGCACAGGAAUGGCAUCAAGAAGCCCAGGUCUCAUCGCUAUGAAUCACUGAAGGGGAUGGACCCCAAGUUCCUGAGGAAUAUGCGCUUUGCCAAGAAACACAACAAUAAGGGCUUAAAGGCAGCAAGGAAGGCAGCUGCACAGAAAUAAGCUGUCUGUUCUUUGUCUGAUUGUUCCACAUUGUCUCAUUAGCGCCACAAUAAAACAAUGUUAUGGUAACAUA